AAAGUGUAUGUAAUUUUUUCGGCGAAAGGCCGCUCGUCAGGGCAUGUUGGCCGCAGUCACAAGCGGUAUGCAUCUCGGACUUUUGGCUGGCUGCUUAGCCUGAGCUGAAUAAGAUAUGAAAAGAUAUGAAAGCAUACAACGUAGCUUGCAAGACUGGGCGCUUGAAACGGCUGCGGGAAGAGGAAGCGUUCAGGACAUCAGACAGCAAGAAGCACAACACCUGCUGCCUGGCCCCAUUCUGCAACUUACUAUCCAACAACAUACAGGCUUUAGAAACGUGGGCAGCUGCUUCACAAGGACCCCCCUAUUUAAGCAGCCCCUUCGCACAAAUGUGUCCGGUCGUACUGUGCCGAGAAAACAGUUCGUACAUCGUCCCAAAAAAGCCAGGAGCGAAUUUUGCCGUGCGGAUGCGCGCGUGCGAUUCGCAAAAUGCGCCUGUACAAGUGUAUAUAAAUUUCUUGGAGGUCCAGCUGGGCAAUGGGGUGGUGUUCCGGCUGCAGGCGCUGGUGGUUAGCAACUACCGGCUGGGCAACCACAACCAGGCGCCUGCCCGCCUCUCUUUGAACCCUGAGCCCCAGGCCUGA